CCAAGGAGAUAUAAUAUACAGUUUUAACGAAUCGCGUGAUUCUCCUGUAUCGGGAACACCAGAUGGCUUUAUCAAUCUUUAUUCAGACUGUUGGGAUACAUCUCCCGACAAGCGACCUACUUGUAGAGAGGCCCAUGAAAGAUUAAGGCAGCUGUUUACACUAGAUUCAUCCACAGUUAACGAUGACCAACGCUUCUUGAGCGACCAGAUUAUGAUAGUUAACGAAGAACAGCAACCAGACACGUUAUAUGACUCUGUCAAAUUGGAGACGAUCAACCCACCCACGGGACGAAUUCAAAUGUCAGAUCAUCAACUGAUAGACGAGUUAUUGCGGACCUUUGAAAGUGGUCUCGGAAAGAGUACACUCGCCGCUAUUCCAGCCAGCCAUAUUAAAAAGUGGAUCAAGCAAAUGAACUAUAAGGAGGAAGAAGUACUUCAUGUUCUUACGUGUAAUCAGGAUUACAAGGACAGCCUUUUGUUAAUUGGGUUGUUUCAUAUGCAAAAGAUAGGGACAGAGUUUGACUGGGUUAUCGCGUACGAUCGUUUUCUGGAAUCAUUUAACAAGGGUAAGCACAAAGCCGCAUACUGGCACGGACUCUGUUACGAAAGCGGAUUUGGAAAAGUGGCUGCGAAUUCAAAAACGGCAUUGAC